UAAUUUUUUAUUUUUAGGACCAGACUUUUUAAACAUAUGUACAUCAUUAACAACCCCGAACAAUUUCACAAAAUCCUCAAUCAACAUCGGAAUGAUAAUCUACGAAUUUGAUUCGGCAAUAAAAGAAACCCCGAAAAUUUCAUGGCCCGAACUCGAUUGGUUAAUCGAUAACGCAAUCCCCGAUAUUCUAAACAGCCUAACCCACAUAGAAUUAACCCAACAAAUUCAACCAUUCAUUGAUUUUUUCACAAAUCUUUGUAUAACGUUCGGCGAAAAUUGUACUUUAUAUAAAAUCGCUCCGAUUUUUCGCUUUCAAAUUGAAAAUCUCGAACAAGUUUUAUCUAGUUACAACCAAUAUUCGCCAAGUUUAAACGUUAUCCCCGUUUAUUUGGUUUCAAUAUUAACUUAUUGUGAUAAAAUGGCUAUUGAGAAAGUGUUUAAACAAUUUUUAUUUACUUUGCCAUUGUGUGGAACUCCGUUGGAUUGUUUAGAAAUAACGGCGCGAGAGUUGUGUUUAAAAGGGUAUCAAGAAAUUGUUGUUACGAUAUUAUGGGAUGGAGUCGUUCAUCAAAGACAAUUAAUUCGAGUGGCUUCCGCUGGUUUGUUUUCAUCGAUUGUAAAAAAUUGUGGGGAAAAUUUAUUAAUUGGAAAAGUUACACCAGCUAUAGUUACUUUAGCAAAUGAUACUGAUGUUUUGGUUAGAACAGCGACAAUUCCAGCUUUAGGUCAUCUAAUAACCGAUUGUAAUAGCAAAGAAGUUCAUGAUAAAGCUUAUAUGCAACUAGAAACGUACAUAAAUGACGUUACUUUAAUUGAGAAUCAUACACUUUUAAGGCAAAUUAUUGUAACAAUGGGGAAUAUUGUCUUAAAAUGUAAAGAAUCUUUUAAAGAUGAUGUUAUUUUUCCUAAAUUGCAUAAUUUAGCGAUGUAUACUUACCAAAUGACCAAUCAAACUAGAAAAGUCGAUAUGGCGGCUCCUUUAAUUGAAGCGUUUUCGAAAAUACUCUUUUGUAAUAGUUUAAAUAUUCAAAAAGUUAAUAAUUUUAUUCUUCCUGGUUUAAGGUAAUU